AUGGCAGCUGGCUUCACCAGAAUGAGAAAGUGGGAAGGCAUAAGACGCGCAGAGAGAGCUGAUGAUGAAAACUGGUACAGAGGGCUCAGAGAAGUGUUGGGAGAAGACAGUGUAACCGAUGACCCAGCCUUAGGCUUGAAAUUGGAUGACGGUUCUCCCCAGCACAGCAGAGAGCAGAGCGUGAUGACGGACUGCCUGGGGGAGACUUCCAGCAUCCACGGCAGAGACCAGAGGAAGGACCCAAAGGUGAGAGGCUGGCUGGAGCUGCCAGUGAUGGAGGAGCAAAGGGAGGACCUGCCCGUCUGGAGUGUCACAGGCAAGACGCCGGGUGCUCCCAGGGGAGCAGAGCCACCUGGCCUUCCUCUUGAAAGGCCCACUCUGUGGAGUGAGACCAGCCCGGCAGCAGAGAUGCUGUGCGCUACAGCAUCAGAGAAGGCGCUGCAGGGUCAGGAUUCUCAGCGGCACGCCUGGAGCAGAGGCUGCCAGCAGCAGGCACCUCGCCGCCGCAGUAGCUCAGAGACCAAGCUGCUGGUGGUCCAGCCGACCUCCUGGCGGCCCUGCGUCUGCUUUCAGGGGGCAGAUUGUCUGCCGCGUCAUCUGGCUUGUGCGCGGAGACAUUGGCCUCCGGAAUCAAACGUGUCUGCUCAUAAAGCAACGCGCCGCCCGCGCCGCCAGCCCCGCGCGCGUGCCCCCUCCGGAGCGGCGCUGCGGGCAGCUUUCGUCUGUCAGCUGCUUCAGCUGCUUCGGCACGCCGUCAUUUGGAAAUGUGUAAAGAGGCCCACAUUAUCUUCUCCUGAGGUGACGAAUCAAGUACAGGGCCCGCAAGCCCAGACGGUUCAGACGCCAAAUAAGCAGAACGCCGCGGGAGCGGAGGUGGCCCUCUCCCAGCAGCUUGUGGAAAACAAGUCUACUUCUUAUCGGAAAGGUUAA